AUGAGACCAAAAACAUCUCACAACUUUCAUAGACCUGAACGUUGCAAAUCAGCAACUCCUGCCAAAUCAUCCAAGAGCAGAAGGUCCUGCACCUCCUCACGGUUAUGUCCUCUUUCAGAUCCAUCAAUUGGAAUAAUUUCUGAAAAUGACCACAAAGUUGGUUUGUGUCUCUGCAAGUAUUGUGAGUGUGGAGAGCAUUUAUGCCCCUCAGCAAGAUCAGACAACUCAAUAAAAGCUACAUUUCGAACGAAAUACAACUAUGACUACCAGCCUUCAAAUUUCGAUAUCCCUCUUAGGCAGCAGCAAAAGCUAUACACGCCUAAUCCCUACAAGCUUGAAUCGCAGACUACUAAUAAAAUUGAGUACAAGCCAUUUAAAAUAUCCCCAAAACAUUCCAAUGAUAUUCCGUUGGCAUCAAAAAGUUUGGAAUUUAGAAGCAGAACAGCGUAUAUAAGUGAUUACCCUAAUUGGGGACCUAAUAUUCCAAGUAUUGAAAAAAGAUAUCAACCACCUGUGUAUUCAACAGAAAUACCAUUUAAAGGAGAGUCUUCGUAUAGAACUACAUUUCACCAAUUUAGUAAAGAAACAGUGGAUCUUUACAAGACUGAUUUAACCAAAGCUUCUAUAUCUACUAUACAAAUAGCGCCAAAAGAUAAGCUGAAUGAUUCGACCACUUAUAGGGACACUAUGAGGGGCUAUUCAAAAAUUGACUUAAAUGCAAUAGUUAAAGUGCUCCCAGCGCAGUAUCAGAGGUCUGACUCAGUGCCAAGUCAUUUUAGGACCACAUCAGGGACGGUUUUUCAGAAAACAGACCAAUUUACUAAAGAUCCGAGACAAUUGAGGCUAAUUUUGAGUGGAAGAAGGCAAAAAUAUUAA